ACUCGAGCAAAAGACACGCAAGUGCCGCCGCUGCGUUGAUUGCAGCAGAACUUUUCUACUGACACACCACCACACUUUUUGUUUAGUUUUAACUUCAAAAAACAACUUCCUCUCUUUCGGAUCAAAAAAAAAAACAAAAGUGUUGCGAGUUGCCGAAUUGGCCCGUCUUGGAACGUCUAAUCCAAAGUGUCAAAUUGAGCCGUGUCGUGUCCGUGUCCGUGGAAUCGCGGGAAGUCUGUCUGUCCCCCAUAAAAAGCUCCGUGUAUUUGGCCAGCCAAAAAAACCGGUAUCCGGUUACCGCGUGGAGCGUUUGGGAAAAAUCUUCUCAAGAAAAAUAUCGUGAUUGUCCCGUUGCUAGACGACGACGGUAAUAGCUACGAUCGACCGCCUCUAGAAGCUGCGUGAGUGAGUCGUGAGAGCAAGUGAGUGUUCCUCGAGAGCAAACACAAACACGUGAGUGUGCGUAAGCUGAAAACGUCCAAAAAAUCUAAAAAACGUGAACCGACCAGGUAGCGGAAAAGUGCCCGGUAUGAACACACCUUCCUAGAAAAAAAAAAGCACACCUUUGAACACGGCGAAAGAUUACGAGGAGAGGACAGAUUUACCUGCAAGUGCGGCUAUGUGCGGCCAUUUAUCAGUGCACGGAGUGAAUCAGCAGCAGCAUUAGUGAGCGAAAGAGAGUGGUAUUUGGGGUUUCUUUUCCCUCACCGGUGGUAGGAAAUCAAACUCUUGAGCGUAGUUUUUCUUUCUUGUCCCUCGUACCUCGUGUGUGUGUCUAUCUGUCUGUCCGUCUACCGCCCGUUGUAUUUGUUUUUUUUUGUGUACUUCCACGGAACUAUCGAGCUGAUCACGAGUUUGGAUCCGCGCGGAUCCACGGGAUUCCGAGAGCAAAGCUUCACAAUCAAAGAGUAGUUUGUAACAUCAGCGCCCGAUUUCGCGUUAAGUUUAAGCACCCCCCAACAACGUUGAGUUUCGCGUAAUUUGCUAAAGUGUUUUUUUUGUCUUCUACAUAUAUAAAGUAUUUAUUCUUCGAUUAGUUUGUAGAACCAGCCAAGUAUUACAACCGCAACGACAAAUAAAAAUAGUUUGAAGUAAAAAAAACAACAACAAAGUGAGUGAUGAGUAAAAGUUUCCAAUCGGCAAUCGCUAAUCAGACGGAAAUCACCGUUUCUUGAUACUCGGCCAAGCGAAUGAGCAGCGAUCGUGCGAAGCGAAGAAGCAGCCAGCCAGUUUGUUACAUGUGUAUUGUUUGUUAAUAGAAGUUAAGCAUUAAAUUGUAACGCGUGGCUACCGAGUUGAAUCAAAAAAAAAAAAAAAAAAGUUUGAAAGUUGAAUCCCAAGUUUGACUCCGACAAAACAAAACAAAAAAAAAUCGAAGGCUCGGAACGGAUCUCAAGGGCGCGCAACCUAGAGAAGCGGAAGAGGAAUAUUUUUUGUGGUUGAAAUCCGCUGAUAAAAAAGGAGUCAAAAUUUCGGACCACGAGCAGCCCGAGAGCCUCGACGCGAUGGCUUCCAGCUUGGACCAGUUUGCCGACCUCGAGCUGUCGAAAGAGGAUAGAGAGCAGAUUUUCGAUCCCCCACUGGAUGUCCCGAAGGCGCAGAAUGGUGCCAGCAAUAUUGCCAAAAUCAUCAUUAGUGGAAUACCGCAGCACGCCAAAUUCGAUGACAUCGAGCCACUGCUAAAACCCUUCGGCAAGGUCGAGCACUGCGACGCGGUCACCAGCAAAGACCCGAACACGCAAACCGUCCAUAUCACAUUCGAGAACCACGAGCAGGCACAAAGAGCUGUAUCGGGCCUGAACGGAAUCGACUUCGAGGAUUCUAAGCUGACGGUGGAGCUGUUCGAGAGUAAAGUGGCGCGGCGCAGCCAGCGUACCCGCUCGCAGUACGCCGGAAUGCCGGGCGGUGGACCGGGCCGUCAGACCGACUUCCCGCUGCGGCUGCUGGUAGCCAGCGAGAUGGUCGGCGCCAUUAUCGGCCGCCAGGGUAGCACGAUACGACAGAUCACCCAGAACAGCAGGGCCCGCGUCGAUGUGCAUCGGAAGGACAACGUGGGAUCGCUGGAGAAAGCGAUCACCAUCUACGGCAAUCCGGAGAAUUGUACCAGCGCUUGCAAGAGAAUACUGGAGGUUAUGCAGCAGGAGGCCAACAACACAAACAAAGGUGAAAUUUGUCUCAAAAUUCUCGCUCACAACAACUUGAUCGGUCGCAUCAUUGGCAAAAGCGGGAACACUAUUAAGCGGAUAAUGCAGGACACCGAUACAAAGAUCACUGUUAGCUCUAUAAACGACAUCAACAGCUUUAAUCUGGAGCGUAUCAUCACCGUCAAGGGUACGAUCGAGAACAUGUCCAAGGGCGAAAGUCAGAUCAGUGCUAAGCUACGCCAGAGUUACGAAAACGAUCUGCAAGCCUUGGCACCUCAGAGUAUAAUGUUCCCAGGGCUUCAUCCGAUGGCGAUGAUGUCGACCUCUGGUAAUGGGAUGGGAUUCGCUGGCCGCUCCGGAAUGUAUCCGGGCUCGAGCUAUCCGAUGUACCACCAGCCGCCGACCGCACCGGGAGUGCCAUCAGGAUCGAGCGAUGUUCAAGAAACCACAUACCUGUAUAUUCCAAAUAACGCCGUUGGUGCUAUAAUCGGAACCAAAGGAUCGCAUAUUCGUAAUAUUAUAAGAUUUUCCGGUGCUUCCGUCAAGAUCGCUCCGCUGGAAGCGGACAAACCACUCGAGCAGCAAACCGAGCGUAAAGUUACCAUUGUCGGAACGCCGGAGGCUCAGUGGAAGGCACAGUAUCUGAUCUUCGAGAAAAUGCGGGAGGAGGGCUUCGUCUCCGGUACCGACGAUGUGAGAUUAACCGUCGAGAUUUUGGUACCCAGUGCGCAGGUUGGACGCAUCAUCGGCAAGGGUGGCCAGAAUGUGCGGGAGCUUCAGCGAGUGACCGGUAGCAUAAUCAAACUGCCCGAGCAUACCACCAACACCCCUGUGGAUGAGGAAACCACCGUGCACAUCAUCGGUCCGUUCUUCAGUGUUCAGUCGGCCCAGCGACGCAUCCGCACGAUGAUGCUGGCAACCAAUCCCCCGCCGGCCACCAACCGACAGAAGGCGCAAAAAGCGAAGGAACAAUCGUCGACAUCGUCCACGCCGGCGGCCACAGGGCAGCCGCCAUCGUCUAGUACAAACGCAUAAUCAAACCCCGCAAUCGCCGUCGUAGACAGCCUGCUGCAACCGGUACCAUCAUUACCGCUUCCAUUACCAUCACGAUCACCACCACUAUCACCACUGUCGUCGUCGCCACCGCCGCCGCCGCCAUCCCCACCAACAUCGGAGGAGCCGGAGUGGAAGCAGCCAGAGCAGGAGCAGCAGCAGUAGCUUCCCAAAAAACAGCCGUAGCAAUCCCUGUCAGUAAGGUCAAACUAUUACUAGCUAUUAAUAUAUAGUUUACACGGAGAAGAAAGAUUCUUCUCAGGAUUCGAUGUCUCAGGAAACCUCAAACCCGGAACUGUGCAACAUUCAACAUAGUAGAACUCAUUCGAGUAGAGCCAACGUGUAUCACCUCUCGAGUCAGCGCCAGUUCUCGUCAUUUUCGGUUCCAACCCACUCGGAACAGCAACAGCUCUUCCUUUGGUGUAUUUAUUCUUAAGCGAAAAAACUCAAAAUUUACAUUCCUGUAUUUUUUUUCCCAAAAAUUUUCGGAAGCUCUUUCUUUUCGUGUGCGUUUCAAAUAAAUUGUAACAGUAAACGAAGCACAUUCGACGACAUUCGAGGGUAACACAUUUUUGCUCUACUGGAAAGUGAAGACCACGAGCUGUAAAUACGCCGCAAUCGGAAGUCACCAUCAGCAAACAUAGCAGCAUAAAAACAAGCGAACAAACGAUUGUGUCUGUCAUGUACAUAUAGUAAGUUAUAGAUUGUAGAGUUCCUUACUUCAAGAGGGGAACGACUUGCGCGAUGCGUUCAGAAUCCAAUUUUUUUGGGGAUGGUGUGAGACGCUCGAAUCGUCAUAGAGUUCCUGUGUUUGGGCUUGGGCCAACAAGAGAGCCACGUCAAAGUUUAUUUAUUGCGCCGAAGAGAGCACGAGAGCGAGAGUGAGAGAGGGGGAUUAAAAUCGCUAGAAUUAGGAGAGAGAGAGAGGAUGGCGGCGAGAGUGUAACUGCAACGUGUUUGCAUUAUAGUGUAAUAGAGAGAGAUUGGAGAGUAAGAAAAAAACAAUUGUUAGAAAAAAUGCGACACAGGGGUGUGCGAUGAGGGGAAGUUGAGUUUGGCACUUUGUUUAGCGGAAGCUAUACACGAACGGUUGUGAUUCUCGAAGUUCACCGGGGGGCUUUCCACGAACUUUAGUGCCAACGAACCGUCGAUUGCCUUAGAUUUUGGUGCUGAAUGUGUGACAUGCGAAAUUUGUAAGCGUUAUCAAAUGUAAGCGAAAGAUGUAAGAUGCUAGAGAUUUUAACAAAAUUUACAACAACAACACCUAUCGCGCUUUGGUCGAUACGUGGUGUGAUGUGUUUCACAGUCAAAAUUAGACCAUUUCGGCAAGCAAAACGACAUUUGAAAAUUCUAAGGUUCGAUCAACUAACAACUGACAAGAGAAAACAAUACCUCAAAGAGAGCGAGAGCGAAAAAAAACUAAGAAAGAGAGCAAACGCCAACAAUAAUGCAUACCUUCUUCAUACACACAAACAAACACAUAAAGGGAUUCAAAAGUUAAACAAAACCCGCGGAGAAAGCCUAUUUUUAGGUUAGCCAAUAAAUGAUCAAGCAACGAAUGCUGCGGGCCGCGUCGCGACGGGGUUUUCCGCCGAGCCACGCAGCUAUUGUUCAUUUUUCUGUCUACUAAACAAACAAGUAACAACAGUUCUAUACGGUUUUUCACAAACAGCAUCCAAACAGCGACACACACACAUAUACACAGAUUAACGGAAAACGCGAAAGCUUUUUGUGUUUGAACUUAACUUACUGAUGGUGCAUUAAUCAAUUUUUAUUACCUCGUUGUUGAGCAUACUUGUUGAAGCCUAUAUUUUCCUCUAUACUAUUUUCCCUUGAGAGACACCCCACCUCACAUAAGUGUUGUUUUAUUAACUUUGUUUUUGUUUAAUUCUUGCUAGCGAAAAGCAUUGUUCUCACACAAACACAAUCAGAAGAAACACCGAUCAUAAUAUAUAGCACAAUCAAUCAAUUGAAUCUGUAAUAGUGAAGUACCUCAAAGCAUGCAAACAAAAUCAAAAUAUUUUAACGUGUCUCACAGAUUGUUUUUCCCCCCCAGAAUUCCCACAUAGUACACAAAGGAUCCUAGAUAAUCAAUUAAUCAAUAACGAAGUGAACAAUAGAAUAUCGAAUAUUUUACCGUAACCAAUGCAGCCAACCUUACCACCGUUAUGACACAGACAUCCGUACACACACAAACAAACCCAUACAACUAGAAACACUUUACAGUCAUAGUAGUAAAUAGGGCAAAUUGUGUUACUGUUACUGAAACAAUAUUUUUUCUUUCACUCAUCCCAAACCCUAACCUAGAAAGGGCGCGCGCGCUGUCACUGCCUGAAAAAAAGGAUAUGUAGGCGGGGUGCGCGCUGCAAAAUAAGUUGAACUAGAGUGAGAAAGAGAAAAAAGUGAAACAAUUAUAGGGUUAGAUCAAGGUGCUUAUAUAAAUUUAUAACAGGUGGAGCAACAUCUUCACUUCAAUAAGAAGGCAAUUUGUGGAUUAGGUAUCGUUCGAAUGAGCGUCGUAGCAGUUUGUAGUCUCUACAAGCGUUCUGAUGAUUUUCCUAGUCUUCCGACCGGGUAGAGAUUUUCACUAGAGCUGUUUGUAAACAAUACCGACAGCCAUUCCAAUAUGGCUGAAAGUGCAUUUCAUAUGAUUGUUUCACCUGGUAUAUAUAUAUAGGCGCCUUGGGUUAGAUCUGAUUAGCUAGCAGAAUAAGGAGCAGCAGUUUAGUAGUACUCGAAAUUUUCUUUCACUAGACGACGAAAAAAAAGCACGUUGAACAUUUUUGGCAAACACGCGAAAACCAUCUCAAACUCAGAAAAAAAUGACGUUUAGGCUCUUCCCAACAAGCGGUAGAAAAUUAGCUCACGGCAGCGGCAAACCGAAUUCCGAACAAAAUUCCAAAUUUAAACCGAUAUUGACCGACAACCAACAGAUGCGGCACAAAUUGACAAUUUUUGGCGGCGAAGGCAAAAAAUAUUGACAGAACUGAAGGAAAGAGAGAACAGAAAAAAAUCAAGCAAACAAACAAACAAAAGCUCGUACCAGCCAUAGGUGGAGAUUUGCACGAUUUUUUGUGCGGAUUGUGCUUUACACAUUAGUUGACAAGUUUAUUGUCGGGGAUAUAAAAAAGAGAAAAAAAAGUGUUGGCGAAAAAAAAAGAUUAAAAGGGUGUGAAAAACGAAUGCCCACAACAAACAAACAAAACAAAAACGGAAGUAUAAAUUCUCGGAGGCGGAGGAACUAAAAAGAAGAGAAAAAAGUGACUAAAAUCAAUUGUUAGAUUUUUUAUUAUAUAUAUAUUAUAUUGAAAAUAUACUAUAUAUAUUUAAAAGGGUAAAGAAAAGGAGAAGAGAAGGAAGAAAAAAAAGAUAUUUAGCUAACAAAUUUAAUAUUUAUUAAAUACUAGAGGCUAUAAUAUCGUUGAAUAUUUGUAUAAAAAACAAACGAAAACCUUGAUUUUAGGAUGAAUGGUCAAAAUUGAGUUUAACUUAAGAAGUAUAUUAUUUUCCUAUUUUGUUUUCUUUUUACGUUCAUAACUUUUGUUUAGGUUUUGUUGUUUACUUUUUGUUAAGAGGAAAAAAACACGAACGAGAGAGAGAGGGAGAGAGAGUUCGAGUUCGAGGUUAAUGCGUUAUUUAGUUGUGCCAAGCAUUUAGGGAAACAAGAACAAACCAAUUGGAUUAUCCAACAACAACAGCAGCAACAACUACAACCACAACAGCAUGGAGGCGAAGUGUUUUUGACAUUGGCAUACCAGAAACAACAACAAGAACAUCAACAAAAUCUUCUCUUCGAUAGCUUCGACAGAAAGCUUUCUGAUGAAUUAUUUUAUGUGAUCAUUUUUUCACCCAAAUUUACCACUGUGAAAAGAGGUCCAACGUUGAAAACAGAUUUUUUUUUCGCGUCACAGUAACCGAUGACAUUGAACGCCACUUGAAUUCUAUUCACAUUCACAGUUAAUUUUUCGAUACUUUCACGCGUAUUGUUUCGGUGUAUUUGAGUGUUUCAAUUAUCUUCCACGUUUUACAAUCAAACAAAAACCAAUGAUAACAACGAUCAGGGAGCCGCUCAGGGCCAUUGAGUGGGGCAGUGGAAAAUCUUACAUUUUGGGUACAAAGUGAAAAGUACAAAAUCUGACUGCAAAGGCUGAAAAUUCUUGAUUUUUAAGCGCAUCCGGUUUUGGGAGUUCGUUGAAUUUUCUGUUUCUUACCAAUCGUCCGAUGAAAAAUGCCAGCAGAACGCAAACCAAUAAGAUGAGGGAAAAUUAAACCCACAAAAUCCAUAGUGAGAAGAAGGCUGGAUAGGGAGAGUGAAAAAGGGCGCAACAUCGAACAUAAAAUAAACAACAAAACAUAGCCACUUUGAAAACAAAAAUCUAACAAUGAUGAACGAUUGAUUAUUCCCCGCACAAUAACAAAAAACAACAACUGAAAGCAACAAGAGAAGCAUACGUUGAACAACAACAACAACAACAACAACUGACAAAACGGUACAUUUUUGGGCAGCAAACAUGAAAACGAACCGCAGUUUGAAAGAAAUGCAACCAUUGGCCACCAAUUUGCAGAAUCGUACAGAGAACCAACUAUUCAGAACGACACAGUGAGUAAAUUUGUGCAGUCGCACACAUAUUCACUUUACAUAAAAAAAACAAGAAUAACCAUUGUAGCAAAUUUCGGAACUUUAAUUUGCACAUCGCUAGAUUUAACAUGAUGAAACCAAUAUGAUACAAAAAAAAUCACAAGCUUUUGACAUAACGGAAUAGAGAUCGAUACAAAAAGUAAACACACACACACACACACACACACACACAAAUUAGCCCAUAUGUUUGUAACAAGAAAGAGAAACAAAAUAUAUCUUAAAAAUCAUAAACGUAACCAGAGAAGAAAAAAAGUUUAACACUGACAACACUGACAAAGUAGGCAAGGUGAUCGCGAUAUAAACAAAAACCACUUCGGUUUCUUCUGUGGAUUCGUAUUCGUAUGGGACCACUUCGCAUCGAAAACCCAUGCGCUGGCCCACGGAAUGAGCCGAAGAGAACCAAAAAAAGAACUGUAGUCCUUGUAUACAUUAUAAGUAGUGGGGAAAGAAGAAAAUAAACCAUUUGGAACACACCCACACCCACAUGUAAAACACUAUCCAGGUAAACAAACAGACGGAGUAGUGUUUUUUUAGAUUGCUUAUCCUCAGAACCGCUCGGAUGCAAAAUUAUCAAAGCAAAAAUUUGAUGAAAAAACAAGAAAAAAAAAUAUUGGUAGCUGUAGAGUUAAUUUUGGCGUGUUUCUUCAAAACUUCACUAAAUUUAUCGCAAAGCAAAUAAAACUAAAUACAUAUACAUAGGAAAAACAACAUAUAUGAGUAUGGCAAAACACAAACGACGGUCACCUUGUCACUUGAAGAAAACGAGACCACGAGGUUCGAACUAAUCACCACCGGUUUCCUCGCAUCUGAAUGAAAACGCUAAGUGCAGAAGUGAAAAAAUAACAUACAAAAACACACACAAACAGUCGCGAAUGGUCGCGAAUAAUCGUAAUAGAUGAAACAUUCUUACCUCAUAUUGAUAAAAAUUAGUAUUUAAAGCAAAGAAGAAGAAAUAUAAAAGAUAGAAACCACAACAAACAAACCCACAUUUACCACAAACAAACAAAAAAUAAUCGCAUUUGGAUAUGGAGUGAAGAAAAGUACCCACACUCACACACACAUACACACACCCAAGUUUGGUCCAUUAGAAGGUAACAUUCUUAGGUUUUUUCGAAAACAUUUGUGUGGAAUCAAAUAGCGUUUUGGGGAAAAACAGAAAAUUACAUUAUUAAUCAUUAUGGCAUGCACGCGCACUACACUGAGAGAUAAAAAUUAUACAUAAAUAUUCAGAAUAAUUUGCAUUUAGUUGGUGAAGAAACAAAAAAAAACGAAACAACGGAAGGAAAAGAGAGCUACGUUUUUCGAUACUACUACCAAAAAAGAAAUACUUGAUUUGUUCAGGCGAGAAGGCGAUAAUAAUAACAAAGAAAAAAAACGAUAACUACAAAAGAUAACGAGAAAUUUGAAACUUUGGACAUAUUCUAAAUAACAAGGGUGAAAUUCAAAGAACAAGUUUUAGAUUUGAUUAUUAAUACUACUACUACUACUACUUCUACUACUACUACUAUUUAAUACUACCUUUACUACUACUAUAAAAAAAGGAGAGAAAAACUUGAAUUCUACAAACUUUUUUUCGUUCUAUUCAAGGCGCAUACAUUUCUUUUUAUUUUCGUUUAAUUUGAAAUAGAACUGUAAGAAUUUUUGAAACUAUAUAAUGAAAUAAAACUAAAUUAUAGACUAAAAACGGAUGAUCGAAACUACUACUACUACUACUACUAAAGCUAAAGGUGACGUAAAUUUUAAGUUUAGGUAAAAUAAAAACGAAAGUAAGGGGCUUAAAAACAAACUAAUAAUUAGAUCAGCAGCAGCAGCAGAGAGUCCACCACCUUAUCGUCGCAGCCGCCGUUUUCGCUUUAUAAAUGUCAAAAUUUUGAUUCAGAACCGAGCCACAGAGAUUUUCCGGGCUCAGACUGGCCUCAAAACAUAAAAAAAAACACACAUACGAAGCAUAUUUUUCGUUCAUACGCAUAUGUAGGAAAAUAGGAACAUGUUUUUGCGAUUAUUUAAGUAGUUUAACACACCCUCAUUCCCUCAUUUCCACCACACACACACACACAUCCACCCACACCCACCCAAUAAGCUCUACGCGCGCACGCCACCAACACAUGAGGAGACUGAACUACACCGUAACAAAGAUGGCGGCGCGUUUGUCCGAAACCCAAAAUCCAUCCCCCCGCAGCCAGAGUUCCCAGAAUGCUUUUGUUCUUCUGUCCCAUACUCCUCUCAAACUCUGCAAACGAAUCCCAAUCUUCAUCUGUUAUACCUUCUCCACACACGCACACACAGACACACACACACACGCUCAUUCACUGACAGACGUGUUCCGAUAAAAAAGAACGUUUAUUAUGAUUUUUUUCUUCGCUUGUUUUGAAACGAGAAACAACUGUAGGCGUAGUAGGCGUAGGCCCACAUUGACUUUAUCCAGGUAGGCCUUCAGAGAGAGAGAGAGAGAGAGAGAGAGAGAGAGAGAGAGAGAGAGAGA